UCAAAGAUAUAUCUGCCAGUACAGUGCAUUAAGAAUGGCGCCUGCCAGUGCUGCGGUGGAGUCCUGCACCAGUGGUCAAAAGUCCAUAAGUUCCCUUCGGCAAUUGAGGAAACCCGUGGUGGAAAAGCAGAGACGGGACAGAAUAAACAGCAGCAUUAAACAACUCAGAUUGCUGCUGGAGAAGGAAUUUCAGAACAAUCAGCCUCACUCCAAACUUGAGAAAGCGGACAUACUAGAGAUGACAGUCAACUAUUUGAAGCAGCGCCACCUGCUGGUGAAUAGAACAUCAACCCCUGCAAAAAGUCCUUUCCAAGACUAUAGUCAAGGCUACAACCGGUGUCUGGAGGAGACCUUACAAUACCUAUCAUAUUCUGAGAAAAUGGGCCACGCCAACCAAAAUGUCAUUCAAUAUUUCAACAGAGGCCACACAGCGUGCAGAAAAGCACCUGCUACAUCACCACCCAUCUCAGAGAAGUCACCCAAACAUGUCAUCUGGAGACCAUGGUAAAUGACUGUGAUGCGUGAGUCUUCAGAGCUGCA